CUCAAAACAACGAAAAUCAUAUCAAUAAUAACAGCCAAUACUUAUCAACGAAAGCGUAGAGUAACUUGUCCGUGAUAUUAUAUUGUGAAACAAAUUGAAAACUAAAAGCGAUUUAAUCCAUAAGGAUGCUUCUACGAUGUCUAACUCACCAGGACUUAAGUCGGGGUCACAGCAAACGGGCACGAAGCCAAAAUCGAAAUUGGCCAAAUUAACAACUGCUAGAUUUUCCCCUAAGAAACAACAGUCAAUACCGUCAGCAUCUAUUAGUGAAGUUAUUCCAGCUAAUUCCAUAAGUUGCUCAUCAUCACCAAAACAUCAUCGUCAAGCUGAAGAUCUAUCCAAACAACUUUUAAGUAACAAUCGACAGAAUGUAUCACCAAAGUGCUCACCAAGACACGUUCAAGAUUCUUCUAAUUUUACAAAUUUCCAGCAAAAGACUUUAGAAGACGACAUGGGUUUAUCGUAUGACUCAGCUUGCAUGCUUUUGAAUGCAGAACCUGCAAUAUCCUUUUUAGAGUUUGAGACUCUCUAUAAUUUAGAAAAAGAAUUGGAUCUAACAAACAGAGAUACGAUUGCUGAAUUAGAUGAUAAAUGUAUCUUUGGAGGAUGGUUUGGAACUCGACGUGGAGUUUAUACAGAAUUACCAGAUCCUGGCAGGAAUGUUGAGUGGAUUCCAAGAGGUCAAGUAGUUGCAACAUCUGUUCAGGUACCUUCUGAAGGAUUUAGCUUUGCACCUGGAUGGUCAUUGAAUCCUGAACAUUUUUAUCAGUGGCAACAACGUGGAAAAAGCAUUCAGCAGAUCUACACUGACUGGGCCAAUCACUACCUUGAGCGCGGUGGAUACAAGAAACGUGUCACUGACCUCCAAGCUGAUCUUUGUGACGGAGUUUUACUUGCUGAUCUUGUGGAAGCCGUCACGAAUCAGAAAGUGAUAGACGUUAAUCGGAAACCUAAAAGUGCUCAACAAAUGGUGGAAAACGUGAGUCUUUGUGUCGGUGCUUUGCGAGCACUUGGUGCAGAUGUUGGAGCUGUCAAUCCUGGAGAGUUAUCAACUGGUACAACUCUAAGGCCAAUUCUUGCAUUACUCUUCGCUCUCUCCAGACAUAAACAACGAGCAAAACAACUUCAAGAUAUGCCGAGAACAAUGGGAAACAACGGAAGUACCGCUGGGAGUAACCGGAAAACACGAAGUUUACCUAAUUCUCCGGAAGUACACAGACUUCCAUCACCAUACAAUAAACAAACAGCCGCAGGAGUUGGGUCGACUGGCACGAGUAUCCCCUUGCCAGCUACAGUCGCGGCGACAAGGAGAUGCCCUCCGGACAAGGUUAGGCCUGUCCCUGCCCCUACACAUCAAACACAACUUGGUCUGAAACACGGAAACGGUGGUAUAGCAAGUGCGAGCAGUUCCAGAAGUACUAGUCCCAGUCAACAACAAACACUACAAAGCGGAUUAUCUUUCAUUCCUCAACCCAGAACACAGAAUUCAACUGGUAGACAGCCUACAGCUACAACCCCGAGUCCAAGGGCAUCAACAGUCGGUCGUCCAAGCGGAAGUCUCCGUGCUCCACAACCAUCACCAUACUCUUCACCUCCACCUUCUGCUCAGCAAAAUAAGAACUCAGUUCUGGAUAAAUUCAAACUAUUCAACAAUAAAGAUAAGAAUCAGGAUAGAGGAAAAACAUCAUCGGCUGUAUCAAAACGCACGUCAAGCUCAUCUGGCUUUUCAUCAGCACGCUCAGAGCAUUCUGACAGUUCAACUUCGCUAUGUGAUCAAAGUAAAAAUUUCGUUGAAUCGCCAAAAACAAAAGUUUUAAAAUCAAAGCUUCAGUCAAAAUCAACUAAACAGUCGAGUCCAAAAUCAGCUCGCAAAGAGCAAUCAAAAGUAUUAACUAAAAUUUCUCGAACGAAAACAACAACAGAGAAAGGAUACUCUCCUACUCCAGAGGAUCAAAAAUCAAAUAUUAAAAUUGCUAAUGUAGCUACAAAAAUUACUACAAAUGAUAAACGACCGAACAACUUGGAUACCUCAAAACAACCUGUUCCACCUCAGAAAUUUAAUUCUGCUCUCAUACCACCGGGACAUCAAAAGCAAGGACUUCAAGAUCCUAAGGUUGUAAAUAAGUCUGAACAAAAAUCAAUUCAAAGGCCAAAGAUGGAGCUUCCGGUAAAAAUACCGGACUCGAAGAUUCUCGCACAAAAUCUAAAAGGACCACUUAAUGGUUUAAAUAAAGAUUUGAUAAACUCAAAAAGUCUUCCAGGCUCGAAUGGAUUAAUUAAACAUCCAACACUUGGUAGUCCAGUGAUUGAAAAUAAUUUGGAUAAAACCAUUAGUAUGAACCAAGCGAAUACUAAUUUAUCUGAAGAAAAGCAGAUUGUAGACACACAGAAAGUUGAUGAGUCAGAGACUGAUUUUAGUAAUAGAAAGAAUAUUUCUGAGAAUAUUGAAGAAGCCCCAAAAGCUUUCGAUAAUCAUAUCAGUGACGAGAACAAGUCAUCGAGUGAAACAUCCAAUUCACUUAAUCAUCAAGAGUCUUCCACUCAUAACAAUAUUCAUAUCAACCAAAAAGAGUCUUCAGAUGUUCAGGAAAUACCAACGAGCCCGCACAAACAUCAGUCAUCUAUAAAUAAUGUAAGUCCUUUUCCUGGACCAAAUCCACCGGGUCAAACCGCUCCAGGAAUGAGUCCAGGCUCUAGCAUUCCAAAGCCAAUGGCACUUGUCAAAGGUACAACGAAACCACCAAAGGAAAUAAAUAUAUCUAAUAUACCGAACACUGCGAAACUUAAAAAUGAAGUACUUCAUCGAAAACUUGAUCCAAAUACUGUAGCAAUGGUAUCACCAAUGCCUAGCAUAUCGGACUUUAUGUCGGAAAGUUCUCACAGUAAUUCUAACAGUACGGGUCAAAGUAACUCGAGUGAUAGUAGUGUUAUCUACCGACCUAGUAGUGAGAGUGGAAGUGAGAUUAAGACUAUUCCAAACAGGAAAAUCGAUACCACCUUCGAAGAGAUAGAAAAGGUGCUAUCGGACAAUUGCGUUCCUGGUACAAUAGCUGAUGAUGACACAGAAAUGACUGUGAAACCAAUGCAGCCUCUGUUGCGUGGAUAUACACCAGGUGCAAGAUGUCUUCAAACACUUCCUAGUCGGACAACAACUAGACAGUAUACAAUACUUCAUUCUUCAUCGCAUCAUCAUGUAGCUCAGGAUUAUUCAGAUAUUGACAUCGCCUCUGGAUAUCUAAGUGAUGGAGAAAUUCUGCGAAGUGGGGUGAAUAUUACCAGUCGAGCUCUAUCUGAUCUGUGCGAUGGAUACAUGUCGGAGGGAGGUGCAUCGCUUUACUCCAAAAGAAUAAAUCCAUCUUAUAACCACGAUCACGAGAGGUAUGUAAGCUGUGGCUCCAGGCGAGAGCUUUCGGGCGUUAAGGAAUUAGUGAGCUCGAGGAGAGUACAGAAAGCCAGACAUCCAUCGGCAAAUUCAAGAGAUGGAUCAGCACCUGGAUGUGAUGGUAUUGGACUUUUAGGUGGUUGCAGUGGUGGAAACGACGCUCUGGCUGAGCUCACAAUUGAGGACCUGGCAGCAAUACCCACCGGUAAUCAUAGCUCUUCUCAUCACACGGGACAUCCUUCUCAUCAUAAGAGGGUGCCAGGUGGAGGCAGCGUCGUCGUGGGGGGUGGCGUCAACACAGGAUCAGCCACCCCCCAAGGGACACAGCAGGCUAAUAACCUGGUAUAUCGGGUAGUGAGUUCUAGGCACCAGAGUCAUCAUUCCCAUGUAAAAAAAUCCGAUAGCUCCCAACAAACAGAGAACUCGGCAUUUAAACAUCAGCAGCAACAGCAAAAUACCAGUUGUUCACCUAAUAGUAAUUCCAACAGUCAACAAUGGAAGAAGUAUAUCGAAGCUGGUGCCGCGAGGGACAGGGAAAGAGACAAGGAGGGCGCGCCGUCGAGUCCUAGUCCCUCCCGACGAUCACAAGAUAAACAUAAGAAACAGACCAUGGCAGAGUAUACUAACGGAGAAAAACCGCAAAAGGUGUCAUCUGGUACCUCUACUAGCAGUGGCAGCAGCAAAGUUAGAGGUGUUCCUCAAAGUUUUGGAUACGUCAAACGACAUAGCGCUGGUACGAGUUCAAGUCCUAAUGGAGUGCAAAAUGGAGGAAAAGACGCUACUAGAACUGCACAAGUUAGUGCUGUUCCACGAACGAAGGUCAAAGUAUCCGGAGGUACUCAAACAUGUACUACAGAACUCCAAGCCAAUUCCUCAAUUCCACCACAAGGUCACCAUUACAAAAGCUAUAGCUUAACUGGUCCAAGUGCAAGUCAGUUGUCUCAAUCAGUGAGGGAUCGAUUAAUGUUAGGAUCACAAAGCUUACCAAAGCCUGGUAGUCCAGAAUUUACUGCGCUUUUUGCAUCAGCUCAUCAUCGAGAUAGAAGUAGUGGAGCUGGUGGGCCAACUGCAUUAGGUUUUACGCCACGAGUUCUUAAGCCUUCUGACGGUAGUUUAAGUGAUACAUGUAGUAAUUAUGCUGCGCCAGAUCUUCAAGGUUAUUAUGCACCUAAUAGUCCAUAUGCCACUUCUUGGAUGCGACAUAGUAAUACAUAUACACCAAGUGGAAGAUCUCAAGGAAUGGGUCUUUGCGAAGCAGACAGCGUAGAAUCACUGGGAUCUCAUCGUACGAGUUUAAGUCAUGCUCGUCUGCUUAUGCAUCAAAGAGAUUCAAGUGGAUCACCAGCACCACCCCGUCUAAAUAGGAGUAAUUCCAUUAGAUCAACAAAAAGUGAGAAAAUGUAUCCAUCAAUGUUAUCACGAGGUAGUGGUGCAUCAUCAUCUGUUGGUGAAGAAGUUGGAAUGGGUAUAAAUGUUGGUGGUGAACCGUACUACAGUGUUCCAGUUAGUUCUGCAGGAUGUGCAGGGCAACAUUGGUCUCAACCUACAUCUCCAACACCUACUCAUACCACAAGGCAACCACCUAACCUUUACCAACACGUUCAUAAAGAUGAUGAUAUUCAUGGUUCAUCGGUUUCCUUAGUUUCAACAGCCAGCAGUUUGUACAGUUCAGCUGAAGAAAAACAAGCACACGAAUUGAGAAAGCUACGUCGAGAACUACUUGAUGCUCAAGAAAAAGUACAUUCAUUGACGAAUCAGCUGUCUACCAAUGCCCACGUUGUAUCAGCGUUCGAACAGUCUCUAUCUAAUAUGACCCAAAGGCUUCAACAACUCACAGCAACCGCUGAGAAAAAGGAUUCGGAGCUUCAAGAACUUCGAGAAACUAUCGAACGAUUACGAAAACAGAGUGCAGAGGCGGGUUUAAAUAAUGGCACAUCACCAAAUGGUCGUCGACACACCCUUGGAGAUUCGGAUACUGGAACAACUGGAUGUACAGGUUACAGUAAUCAUCAAGGCUCUUCAAUAGCACGACAGUUAUCUGCUGACAGUGUAACGUCUUUAAACUCAUUGAGUAGUGCUUGCUCAGCGAGCAGUCACAAUAAGAAAAAAGGAUGGCUGAGGUCUUCAUUUUCCAAAGCAUUUUCACGAUCGAGAAAAAAUAGACAAGGUUCUGUAUCUGAUGCUGAAGAUUGUAAAGAUGUACCUAGUGGAGAAUUGAGUGCACCAAACAGUCCCAGGUUACCUACUGCCGUCAAACAUGACAAAUCAAAUCAAAAUCAAGGACAAAAGGUGAAUGGACAAAAAUCACCAGAGCAUGAGAAUUCAUUGAGUACAAGUAAAAGCAGUUCUGCGUUAUAUAAGAAAGAAGAUGAUGAUGUUGAUGAACUGAAAAAACAGUUAAGAGAAAAGGAUAUGGUGCUAACUGAUAUUCGAUUAGAAGCUUUGUCAUCAGCACAUCAACUAGAAUCUCUAAAAGAUACAGUUAUUAAAAUGCGAAAUGAAAUGUUAAAUUUAAAACAAAAUAAUGAGCGGUUACAGCGACUAGUAACAUCUAAAUCAUUAACUUCAUCCCAAUCAUCACUGCCUAGUGAUCCUGAACGUCGUUUCAGUAUGACGGAAGUAGCCUCGAGCGUAGCAGCACUGGCUAACGGUGACGACGGAUCAGCAGCUGAUCAAUUAGAAGAUCUGAGUGUACCAGAACAUCCAAUUGUACCGACAAAUACUAGAUCAUACUGCCAAUCAUCAACUAAUGAGCCUGUUAUUGAGCAAGACAUGGAUGGAAAACGAAUUAACGUUGCUGUAUAUCUUGGUAGUGAAAAAUGCUUUAAUUCAAAUCUUAUUUCGGGAAACAAUGACGGAAUGAUGGGUGAACCGCCUCAUUGUAUUAUUGCCAGCGUUUGUAUAUCGAAUAAAACAACGUGGGAUUCACUUGACUCCACUGUGAGACGUUGCUUCAAAGAUUACAUUUCUCGAGUUGAUCCUGUAACAAAUCUUGGAUUAGGGGUUGAGUGUAUAGCUGCUUAUCAUUUGGGUGAAGCGUCUAAAUCAACAACAGACUCACAAAAUCCAGAAUUACUGCCCUGUGGUUACUUAAUAGGACAUGUUAAAACAAUUUACCUCGUGCUUUCUGGAUAUUCUUGGUUAGCUAUUGAUACGCUCAUUCCAAGAUCCAUUGUUCAACGAUUAGUUUCUUUAUUGACAGAGCACCGACGUGUUAUUCUCUGUGGACCCAGCGGUACUGGAAAAAGUUAUCUUGCUGGAAAGCUUGCUCAUGCUCUUGUCGAUACUGAUGCAGAAUCUAAAGAUGCUGCUGCAGUUGCAACGUUUAAUGUCGAUCACAAGUCAAGUAAAGAACUGAGACAAUACUUGGUACAUAUUUCGGAGCGAUGUGAUUCAAAUGCUGCUGAUGAAUUACCUAGAGUUAUAAUUCUUGAAAAUCUUCAGCAUGCAACUUCUUUAGGCGAACUUUUUAGUGGAUUACUUGGUACCCGGCAUUCAUCUUGUCCUGCAAUAAUAGGAACUAUGAGUCAAGCAACAUGUAGUACUACAAAUCUACAGUUACACCAUAAUUUCCGGUGGGUAUUGUGUGCGAAUCAUAUGGAGCCCGUGAAAGGAUUUUUAGGGCGUUAUCUUCGACGUAAACUUCUUGAACAUGAAUUACGGGAAUCGGAUGGAACACGAAAUGCUGAAAUGGCUGCUGUAGUGGAAUGGCUUCCACGGGUUUGGUUGCAUCUCAAUAAAUUUCUCGAAACACAUAGUAGUUCAGAUGUUACUAUAGGACCAAGGCUAUUUCUAUCCUGUCCAAUGGAGGUUGCUGGUUCACAAGUUUGGUUUACAGAUUUAUGGAAUUAUUCGGUAAUACCUUACUUAGUUGAAGCUGUAAGAGAAGGCUUGACAUUGUAUGGAAGACGAUCCAGCGGAAAUGGCAAUACUGAUGGAGCAUGGGAAGAUCCGGCGCAAUUUAUCAUUUCCAGCUAUCCUUGGAUUUCAACCCACGCUGUUCAUGGUGGUAGUGAUGCUCUCUUACGACUCAGGCCUGAAGAUGUUGGUUAUGAUGUGAUUAAUGCAGGACAUACUUCGGGAGUAGGAGCAUCUAGUGUCAAAAGUCUUGGUAGCACACACAGUGAUACUGAAGGUGAUCCUCUUUUGAAUAUGCUGAUGAGACUGCAGGAAGCAGCCAAUUACUCAAGCCCCCACAGUAAUGAUAGCGAUUCUGUAACAUCACUUGAUUCUUCUCAUACCCGACAUUCUGAAGAUCUCAACACCUCAACGUCUUCAAGAGGGAGUAGAAUCUGCGCUUUAAAUAAGACUCAUUUAUUGCUGUUUAUAAAAAUAAAGUAAAUUUAUUUCGGUGUAAUAUUCAACUGCAAUGAAGAUGAAGAUUAAUUUAUAAAUAUUUUUAAUUAAUUAAGUUUAAAAGAUAAAUGAUUAAUGCAAAUAUUGCCUAGCCAAUUUAUUUUUAAUGAACAUUUUAACAACUGCGUACAACAGAAGUAUAAUUGUGGCAGGUUGUUAUGUUUACCCAUUGACAUGUUCAAUUGAAUAUAGCCAACUACCUUUAUAAAUAAAUAAAUUUCUUAAUUUAUUAUUAAAUGGUUAUAAACCGGUCUAAAUGAAGCUACUGAGUAACAACUGAUGGCGAUAAUAAAAUGUUUCAAUUAAAUUUUGAAGUAUCAAUAAUACAUAAUGCAAUAAAUUACGUAUCCGAAAUGUUAUUUUAUUUUAAACUUAUAUGAUUUUAUACAAUGACAAUGAUGCAAAAUCAUAAGUUAGAAUAAUAGAAAAUUGUACGGAAACUAUUGAGAAGUUGAAAUAAUGAAUUUUUCUAUGGAGUUUACAGUAUUAAUGAUAAAUAUGAAUUUUUAUAUAAGCUGAACGAAAUAAUGCGAUAUUUAAUUAAAAAAAGUAAAAAACAAAUAAAAAUGUGACUGGAUAAUUCAAUAAUAUUAUUAUCAACAUUAUUACCAUUUAUACGAAUCUUAUACUCGAAUAUAGUAUAUUUAUACAAAUUCGUUAUAAAAAAAUUUUAUUUAAUUUAAAAAUGUUAAUAAUAUUUACACUUACUUGAAUGUGACGCCGCUGAAUUUUUUACGCAUUAAAGAAAAUGUAUUAACAUUAUAUUCUGAUUAAACUUUAUAAAUAGCCAAUAAGUUAUAUGAGUAAUUCUGGUCAUAUACAAUCUGUAAAUAUAAAUUUAUCGACAAAUGACGUGAUCAAUAAAAAAAUUGAAUAAUAAUAAAUAAUAUUAAGUAAAAAAAAAAGAAUAAUAAUUAAUGCAAAAUUAUUUCCACUUUCUUAAAAAAAUAAAUGACAAAAUAAACAAGAAAAAAAGUUGUAAUAGGAAAGGCAUACACGUAAAAAACUAAAUCAUAAGUAUUAAUAUUCUCUAAAUCAUUGAUAUACUACUUCUGCCAUUCAAUGUGUAAUUGCUAUUAAAGAAAAAUAAAAAUGUGAAGAUUU